AUGAUCAGAAAAGGCUAUUGCUCUUGUAAUCUUCCCAUUCUCGAGUUCGCAGGCAACUUUUUCAUUGAAGCCAUCAUUGAAACUGGAAAAAUUCUCGAGAAGGUCAUAUGUCCAGGUUUGCAAGCUUUGGACAUGGUGAUGGCCAUUGUUAUGGCAGCUAUUCCGCCACCAGGAAGGGCCAUCACUGGUGGGAUGAUGGCAGCAAUCAGAUCCGCAAAAGCAUACAAGUACGCUUGCGAAGCACAAGAUGCUGCUGAAUUAUGGGCAGAAUUCUUUCUCAGCGGUACAAACUUUGCAGGAAAAGCAGGAUGCGGUCCGUUGAUACCCACGAAAGCAAAUCUCAUCAAGAGGGCUUUUGAUUCUCUCUCUGACGCUCCUGAUGAAUUUAUUCCUGGUGGCAUAAAUUACGAGGCUUUCCCAUGUCCUUCAAAGGGCUGUAAAGGCUGUAAAGGGCCUAAAUGCCGAAGCAGUAACGGGAAUGGCGACGAAAGUGACUCCAACACGAGCGCCAAACCCUCUCCGACCGAGGAUGGAUCCUCGACGACUAUAAAUUCCCCAAGUCAAACAACCUCCGCUGCUACAACAUUGUUGGUAUCGUCCGCUCCACCUAAAACAUCCCUUUUCACGCUCUCUUCCGCCUCAUCUGAAAGUACCCAGCCAACCAGUUCGACUACUUCAUCAGCAACUCCAAGUCAGACGCUUGAUUGUAAAGCUUUAGCAGCAUUAGCAGCUGAAGAUGAAGUCCCUGAAAGUAAUUCUCGUAGACGAAUUUAUCCGAUUGAUCUCAGUCUGCAUCAUUUACACAAGCGUUAUGGUCCAAAGACGGUAAACGCAUGUAAAAUAAAGUUUUCGAGCUACAGCUACCCCUCCAGCGGAGAAUGGGGUGAACCCCCGCCAAUCUCACUGAAAAGAUAUGGGUUCAAUCAAGAAGACUCAUGCGACGAUUACAAGUUCGACACGCCUGAUCCCAACGCCAAGUAUGACACGGAGCAUAUCCUUGAGUGGAAGAUCGUUGGAGGAUUCUUUACCCAAAUGGGAAAAGAUGUUACAACGGAUUUUCCACAUCCUGACCCUGAGGAGGCCAAGAAAGGGGUUACAGUCAAGUUUUGUUAG